AUGACCAGCCCCUACGCCGCAAGGGACAAAUGCUACGAGGAUCUGCAUGCCCUCCUGGAGACUGUGAUGCAGGCGUAUAAGUUGAUUGUCCUUGGUAACUUCAACGUCCGAGUCGGCACAGACCAUGCUGCCUGGAGAGGAGUGCCGGGUCCCCAUGGUCUUAACAAAUCCAACAACAAUGGCCUGCUCCUUAUACGAACCUGCGGCGAACGCUGACGCAUCCUGACGAUCACCUUCUUCCGCCUCCCAUUGGGAGAGAAGGCCACCUGGAUGCAUCCUCGGUCGCGUCAGUGGCACCUGCUGGACUAUGUCCUCGUCCCGAGGCGAGGCCAGGGGGGCGCGCUGGUGACAAAAGCGAUUGCGGGUACUGACGGGUGGACCGAACAUCGCCUCGUCAUCUCCGAGAUGCGGAUUAGUCUACAGUCUCGCAGGAAGCCUUAAGGUAAGCGAUCUCCAGGUAAGCAGAAUAUUGCUUUGUUGUCUUUGCCUGCUCGCCAUCCCCACUUCAGCAGCGAGCUAGCUCGACGGCUAGACAACCGAUCGGUCCGUGAUGUCGCCACCGAUGAUGAUGAUGAUGAUGAUGAUGAUGAUGAUGAUGAUGAUGAUGAUGAUGCUGAUGAUGAUGAUAAGAACGCCUCCGGGGAGAACCGACGGUAUAAACUGCGAAAUACAGUCCAGGCAACGACGAUGGCUGUCCUCGGACUCGCAUGUCGUCAGCCGCAGGACUAG